AUGUUCAUGGAAAGAGACGAAGGAAUCGAUUUAAACAGCUCCGUACACAGAGAUUUUCCGAGUUUUGUGCCAGAUGAAUCAACAUAUCGCAUUCAAAAUGACACACAAAAAUCGAUGAUUUUCCCGCAGCGACUCGAUUUGAGUUCGCUGACUCCAAAAACAGCGAAAAAUGGACAAAAUAAAAAGAAAAUUAGUCCAAUAAAGGCGAAUAGUGACUCGCGAGUCCAAAAAUCGUUUAAUUGGACGGAAAUCGGCCAAAAUUCCGUCGAAAAACGGAAUCAUACGAUCGAUUUGGACGCGAUGAGAGAGAGUUUUGAUCAGAUGGCCAAAACGUUCACCGAGCCGCGUAAAAACUCGAGUUCAAGUGUGACCAGCGAUCGUGCUUCUUCCGUUACGAGCACCUCUUCUGGACAGUCUCUCGGACAGAAAUCUAUAUUGGUGGAGGUCAGUCGAGCAAGGAAGCUGAUCGAUGAGAGACGCAGAGUAGGAGAGAGACAGAUAAUUGGAGAGACGCAGAAGAAUGAUGUGUUGGUUCUAUCGGAUAGUGAUUUUCAUAUUGAUGACGAUGGACGGUAUUAUCAAGAGGAAACAGAAGAGGAUGAGACUAGACCACCAUCCAGUCAGCCAUCGCUUGCAUUCGAACCCGUUGAACACGCUCGUCGUGGCUGUAAUUCCAAAAAUUUCAUAUCGUCAGUGGAGAAUAAUAGACAAAAGACUCGACUGAAAGAGACGGCGAAGAAGAAGAGAAAUACGGGAACUGCUAGUGAUACUGUGUGUCUCUCCGAUUCGCAACUCUACGAAAUAUACGAAAAACGUUGUUCGCAAGACGAGGUGACACUCACUGAGCAUUCACCAAUCGACAAUGAUCAUGACAAAACGAUUGUCGACGAGGUUUUCGAAGAUUUCCAUCAUCGACUGAACAGACUCUCAGAUAAAGAGACGCCGAUUUUGAGGAGUGCCGGAAGGGAUACGUCCAACUUGAGUUUGGGAUCUCAACGAAUCGAACGAGCGCGUGACGCCUCGGCUGCUCACCGAUCCGCCUCUUUGAAUAAUAUUAUGUCGGCGACGACGGCCACGGCCAAUCGAAGAAUGGCGACGAAUCAGGAGGAGCGUUUUGAUGGAAUUGCGCCGGGCGCCCUCCGUCACUCGAUGUCAACAGUCCAAGUGAGCCGUGAGAAACUCCGUGAGCUCCAAAAAGAGCACAAUUAUCCGAUUCAAAGUUUGGCUCGAUUCGUCAUUCGCCCAUCGACGAGAGACAUUUUUCCACUUCCUCUUGAUAUCGAUGCGAUUAGUGGAAAGGGUCUGAGACGAGAUGAGAAAAGUACUCAACGAAACUUUGGCGGAAAAUCGGCGUCAGUUCAAAUCCACGGCGAACGUCCGUCUCCACGCAUCACGACAAUCCCUCAGAAGUCUUCAUCUGGAGCAUCGAGACCGACGACGUCUUCUGCCGCCAAAAAAGUUGGAUUUCAGUCGAAUUUGGCGCCAAAUUCGAAAAUUUCGAAAAAUUUCACUAAAAAUUCAAAUUCCCGCCAGUUGCCACCACCCUACUGUAGCGCCACGUCAUCCGAUGGCACCGCCUACUCGAUCGCUACAGUAACCCAACAAUUGUUGGGUACUGUCAAAUCACUUCAUCCCGAUUGGCUUCCGACGAUUCGACGGAUUCUGAAUGACGAUGACGUCACAGAUGACGUCAUCGGAGAAUUCCGUGGUGUACUUCACGUGGAGAAGACGGCGUUAGAGGAGAAAUUCAAGAAGAAUCGUAAUGAGACGCCGUUUGAUGAGCAACACUUUUUGGCGAAGAUUUCAAGUGUUUCGAGGAUUUUGGAGAGGCUGGAAACGUUGGCUAAUGGAGGGGGACAUGUUUCGAGAAUUCAACAGAUUAAAAUGAUUCAUUCGGCUCUUUUGAGCACUUAA